CGGCCCCUUUAUUUCAUUUCAGGGUUUUAGAGUGGAGGUUUGAAAACUGAGCAGCGAUACUUUCUCUCUCCAUUUCUCUGUUUUCUAGGGUUUCUACUACCUUGCUAUCUCUUCGAAUCAGAUUCCAGUAUGAGUCGGCCAAUGGAAGAAGAUGCUCCCGUGAAGAAUGAGGAGGAGGAGUUCAACACUGGUCCACUUUCUGUCUUGAUGUUGAGUGUUAAGAAUAACACACAGGUGCUCAUCAAUUGCCGUAACAACAAAAAGCUUCUGGGCCAUGUGAGGGCUUUUGAUCGCCACUGCAACAUGGUGCUUGAAAAUGUCAGGGAGAUGUGGACUGAGAUACCUAAGACUGGUAAAGGAAAAAAGAAAGCUCUUCCAGUUAACAAGGAUCGUUUUAUUAGCAAGAUGUUCCUCCGAGGAGAUUCCGUGAUCAUUGUCCUCAGAAAUCCUAAGUGAUCGGAUUUCAUUACUCUGGCUGUAGUGUGACUUUAUUUCUACUGUGAGUGUAUGCCAGACUUGAGCUUAUCGAUGAUGACAAGGUUUAUCUUUCUUAGGUCUAUCCUUUUGGAACUCAUCUUUCCUACAUUAGGUCUUCUUAACCCUUGAUAAUUUUAGUAUCGAGAGUAUGGUGUAUACAUUCUCUGUGGUGCAUUCUUGGUAAAAAUUUAUGAGCUGUCCAGUUAUUUUCUUAUGCAUUGCAAUCUGUAGACUGACCACCUCUCUAUACAUCAUAUGAUAAACAUUAAAACCUCCA